AUGGAUUUCACUGAAAGUUCCUCAGUAAUAGCUGAGGACGAGCAGAGAAGUUAUGGAAAUAUGGCCACCCAUAACAUGUUACCUGAGCCCAACAGCGAAAUCCAAGUUCUCCAAAAGCUUUGCGAGCUAGACAACGUUAUCAAGACAGGUUUUAGUCAUGUACUUGACAUGCUCAGUCCCCAGCCCACUUUAGAAAUCUCACCAUCUGAUCCGCCGAUAGCGGGAUCCGGCUCUCAGGUAAUUGCGCAAGACUGGCCUGCUUCAAUCAUUACAGCGGCUGAUUUGAAUAAACAGAUCCAUUCUAUCGUUGAAGAAGCCAAGAACAGCAUCGAAUGGGAGGAAGUAGAACAGCUCAAGGGCCAGCUUAAAAUCGCCGAGGACAAAAUCCGAAAAAAAACCGCAAAGCUUAACAGCAUGACCGAGAAUCUGGAAGAGGCGAAAACGCAAAUAAAAAAGCUCAAGGCAAAGGAACUGAAGCUUCGCAAUGUGAUUCUCCAAAACUCGGAAGACGACGUGAGAAGUGAUGAAGAAAUCGUCCAGAUGUUCCGUGGAAUACGCCAGAAACUCCUGGCCAUUGCACAUAGCCGGCUAAUAAACUGGCAAGUCAAUUUUUUCCCCUGUACGCCUGGGUUGAACCCGAGUGUUAAGAACUUCCAUCAUCGAUGGCAGAGGUCCCCGCUCAACAAUCGCAGACACAUUCUCCGUGCAAAACUAUACUCUUACAUUCAUUAUCACAUACUGAAUAGAAACUUGUUUGGAUUUGGUCAGGUAAUGAACCUAGGAGGUGGUGGAAACAACACAUGCGAUGCUCUGGAGUCCUACUCGCGAGAAAUGGAAAAGUUUCUAGUCCAACGAGGAGGUGAGUUGUCUUAA